AUGAAAUCAGACAAGAAAUCAGAAAUCGGCUAUAAACAGCAGAAAUGGUCAUAUAGAUUUAUAUGGACCGACAAGCACCUAGGCCCUGACGUAUUAAAGCCGUUACGCCAUGACUACGAUGAGUUGGGUGCGCUAACUGUUGAAAGGCUUCUCACCAUUAAAGAUCAAGAGGGUGAAAAAGGCGAUCUUUAUAAAAUCCUCGAGAAACACCACAGCGAGGACGCAGUUCUUACUAAAUUCUGGAACCAGGUGCAUCACGUCCCAAAAUGGGUAGACUGGGAACAGAUUGCGCGUGGACAACAAGUCUUCUAUCGUUACGCUCUGGCCAAUAUUAUUGGAUUUGCAUUGCAAGGCUUCAUCUGCGAAAACUCGGCAUCGACCGGCGUUGUAGAGGUUCUCGUUCGCACCGGUGGGUUUUCUACUCGCGUUCUCUUGGGCCGUUUAUUAGAAACCUUUCAAUGGCUUCUCGAAGUGACACGUUCUCAAGAAGAAGUCAAGCCUGGUGGCCGAGGCUUCAAAUCGACGGUCCGCGUACGAUUACUUCAUUCUUCCGUUCGUCGCAGGAUCCUGCAUUUAGCUAUUCGACGACCAGAGUACUACGACGUGGCCGAGUUUGGAGUUCCAGCAAACACGAUGGACUCUAUCCAUUCAAUCACGACGUUUUCUUUGAACCCAAUGUUCUUACAGUUGCCUCAGAUGGGCAUCACGCCACGACCACAAGAAAUUGAAGAUUAUCUUGCGCUAUUUCGAUAUCUUGCACACAUUGUUGGGACGCCGACAGAAUACUUUUCAACCGUUGAGGAAGCAAAGGCACUUAUGGAGAGCUGUUAUCUCCACGAACUGAAUAUGACUGAAACAUCCAAGACGGUAGCAUAUAACUUUGUCCGUGUUGUGGAAAGCUUGCCUCCACCGCUAGUAACUUCUCGAGGGUUCAUUGAGGCAGGUAGUCGCUGGCUCAAUGGCCAUGAGCUUUGUGACGAGCUUGGUUUGGGCCGACCCGGUUUUCUGUCAUAUGUGGCAUUCGCGGGUCUGUGUGUGCUGGUAAACAGCCUGGCGUGGACACAGCGGUUGAUACCAGCCUUUGACAAGUUCAUGAUUGAGUUUCUUCGAUCUAAGCUGUACUGGGCUGUUGUUGAAAACGAAGGUGGGUUGAACGGAGGGACAAAUUUUGAAAUGAAAUACAAACCCAGGCUCAAUAGUAUUACUGGUCGUGAAGAGGCGACCACUUUCAAAUCGGGUCAUCUAAUAAUUGAGAGCUUCUUUCUACUGUGUACUAUUAUGACCAUGGUGAUUAUUAUGGUCUUGGGAUACGCUGUUUGGGACUUAAUGCGCAAGGAGUUCAAGGUAAUUUGA